AUGAUUCUCACUUUGGGGAUGAGAGAUGCGACACAGUUUUGGAAUUGCAUUGUGUGGCUGGACCAGAAGAUCCUGCAUUAUAAAAUCAAAGACAGAGGCAACCUAAGGAACAUCCCCAGCUCAGAGUGGCCCAAAGCCUACCAAAAGCACCGACAGGAUGUGAACUGUCUGUUUGGAGUCGAUGAGAGGAAGGAGGCUGUAGAUUGGUUUCUGGGCUUGGCUGUCAGGUAUGAAUAUGGAGACAAUGUGGAGAAGUACAAAAACUGGCAGCCCCUGGCAGCUUCCAGUAACAGUGAUAAAGCCGUGGACCCUCUGGUUAACCUUGACAGUAAUUCUCCAGAUUUCAAAGCAGGAGUUACAGCUUUGUCAAACAUCCUCAAGAUACAGCGGCAUGACAACUACCUGGUUAUGCUUAAGGCCAUUCGUAUUCUGAUCCAAGAGAGACUUUCUCCAGAAGCCAUCGCUAAAGUCAGCAACAAUAGAGAGGUAAACUGA